AUGUCAGAGAUACAGCGACAGCCUCGACGAUUAUCAACGGAUGGAGGUGCAGACGACGGAGAUCAGUCAGAUGAUGCACGGAAUGUAGAGAAUGGUUAUAGCACUCCAGCGACUGUUACAACACGCACUUCGUAUCAUUACAAUAGACGUUCACAUUUAACGUCCACAACGAUGAACAGCGCCUAUGCGGAGCAGACUUUUCAAUUUGAUAGCUUCGUUAUACAAGUAACAAGCGAUCACAUUCUUCCAUCGCUGUGCCAUCAUGAAGGCAGAGGUGGAUCGGUGCAAGAUUGUAAGGUUUGCGAAUACAAUGCCAUAUUGAGCUUACCUCAUCUGCCUGAGAUGGUUUUCCCGAAUAACGUUUUGAUGAUACAAGAUACAACGCGUCCAAAUAUAAAGCUGUCUUUCAAUGCUUUGGAUGCCCUCAAAAUGGUUAACGCAAACACAUUGCCGGACGUGCAGGUUGGUCCAAGUGCCAUUUGGCAACAAUCACGUAUGGGUUGUGAUGUGGUACGCAAGUUUGGUAAUCCCUUCGACUGGACCUAUUCAACGGAUUAUCAGGGCAGUGUCGAGGGUUUUAAAGUGGAAUCAACCGAUGAGGCGAUAGAUAUGGAGAAAUUAACUCGGCGUGAUCCGAUUCAUUUCUAUUCACAGGUUGCGCUCUAUGAGGAUGAGUUGGCUGAUCAUGGUUGUGCACAGUUGAGUGUUCGAAUUCGUGUAAUGCCAUCGUGUUUCUUCCUUCUGUCAAGAUUCUACCUACGUGUUGAUAACGUUAUGGUACGUGUGUGUGACACACGAGUUUAUGGAGAGCACAAUAAAGGUUAUUUUAUAAGGGAAUGGUCAAAGCGAGAGGCAAAAUACACCGAACUUUCACCAUUGGUUUAUUAUCUUUAA